GUUGAGUUUAUUAAAAUGUUUACAAAGUUUGUGUUAUUUUCUUUAUUAGUAACUUUGUGUGCAACAGACGAUUGUGCCGAAGGAAAUUGUGUUAGGAACAAAAAUGCAAGGAUGAUUGGCGGCGGUAUAAGUGAAGCUAAUUCCAGACCCUUUCAGGUAGCUCUGUUGUUGCGUGUCGGUGUGAAUGGUGAGCAAGGCUUCUGCGGCGGCGCGUUGGUACACGCUGACUGGGUGCUCACCGCCGCGCAUUGCUGCUUCCACAACAACCAACAAGUCGACAAUGUACAGGCGGUACUCGGCGCACACUCUCUGUACGACCGCUACGAGAACGGACGUCGCAUUGUCAACGUGGCAGAAGUUGUACCUCAUCCAGACUUCGAGCCUGACACCUUCACUAACGACAUCGCACUUCUGAAGCUCGCCAACACUAUACAACUAACUGAUACCAUAGACACAGUUCGUCUGCCGUACCAGAGGAUAUCUUCGUACAACUUCGCGGGCAUGGGCGCUAUCGCCUCCGGCUGGGGGAUAGCCGCGGAAGGUGUGACAUUCGUAUCACCAACGCUUCGUGAGAAGCUGAUGACGGUGAUGACGGACCCGCUCUGCAACACGUCAUAUUUCGGCCAGCUACCGGCCAACACUGUCUGCGGGUACAGCGGAUUGGCCGGGACUUGUAAGGGCGAUAAUGGAGGUCCUUUUACAAUCGUUUACAACGCAACUGAAGAAACUAUUUUGAUCGGCGUAGCUUCGUUCGUUGGUGCGGGCGGCUGCAGUGAUGACGUGCCUUCUGUCUUCACACGCGUCCAGCGCUACUUGACGUGGAUCAGUGACGUCACAGGAAUUCUACGUGUUUUGUUGGAAAGUCCAAAGAUGGGUCCCCUUCUGUUCGCUCUGUGUUUGUUGGGUGGUGCUGCUGCGAGACAGCCGGUGGCACUCCCCUGGGACAACUACCAUGAAUCGGUCGGAAUUCCUCUUGCAUCGAGGAUUAAAGAGGCCGAGAAUGCUUGGAUGUCAGGGGACUCAUUUGGAACUAGAAUCGUCGGUGGUGCAGCUGCACCUGUUAAUGGCUAUCCUUAUCUGGCUGGAUUAUUGAUCACCUUCUGGGACCACCCUGGCACCUCAGCGUGUGGUUCCUCACUCCUCUCCUCCAACCGGCUGGUGACUGCUGCCCACUGCUGGUUCCACUCGCUGCAAGCCAACCAGUUCGUAGUAGUCCUGGGCUCCCAGUACCUGUUCUACGGAGGCACCAGGGUUGCUACAUCUAAUGUGAUUAUGCACCCACAAUACGUACCCAGAACUCUUCUCAACGAUGUUGCCAUGAUCUUGCUACCUACUAAUGUGUUUUUCUCUAACAGUAUCCAGCCGAUCGCGCUGCCCAACAGCAACGAACUGUGGAACCAGUUCAACGGACAGUGGGCCGUCGCUGCGGGAUACGGCAAGACCAAUGACCAACAAGCUGGUGUAUCAGUAAACUCGUUCGUCAGUCACGUGAACCUGCAGGUUAUCACAGUGUGGCAAUGCCAAGCUGUGUUCGGGACCAUCGCUCAGCCGAGCAACAUCUGUACCAGCGGCGCCGGCGGUGUCGGCAUCUGCGGCGGUGACUCCGGCGGCCCGCUUGUUGUCAACCACAACGGACGUGAUAUACUGAUCGGCAUCAGUUCGUUUGUAGCGAACAACGGAUGCCAGCUUGGCUUCCCGUCUGGCUUUGCUCGCGUCACCAGUUUCUACAACUUCAUUAUGCAGUACAUGUAAAUAACGAUAUUAAAACACGUGCUUACGUGACGGCAAACGAA